UGCUGAUUGGUAAGGAUGGUAAUGAUGAUGAGCUUGUCAGCUGCUGAGCUUAAGGCGCUUAUCAUCGGUAUCAGCUUUGAAGAUAUUGAUUUUGACAAGGAUGAUGCUGUUGGAAAAGUUCUCCAAGAUUUUGACAAGACUCUUGAUGAGCAAGUUGAUCAAGAAGAGUUUGUCCGUGGGAUUAAGCGUUGGCUUAUUCAAGCGAUGGGAGCUGCUGGUCCUUCUGGUCCUGAUGCUGGUCCUAGAACCAUGAAGUACCUUGACCAUUUCCAUGUGCAAACAAAGAGAGAGCAUGCUCUGUUGGGAGAUAAUGAGAAUGGUGAGAAUGAUGAGGAAUCAGGAGAGGUUGCAGACCCGAAAUGGAUCACUAUCAAAGCAGCUUUGUUGCUACUCUUAGGAGCAGCCAUUGCAGCUGCGUUUGCUGAUCCUUUAGUGGACACAGUUAACAACUUCUCAGCAGCCACUGGGAUUCCAUCUUUCUUCAUCUCCUUCAUCGCUUUGCCUUUAGCCACCAACUCAAGUGAAGCAGUCUCUGCCAUCAUCUUCGCCUCCCGCAAAAAGAUCAGAACAGCUUCCUUGACAUUCUCUGAGCUAUGUGGUGGAGUGACAAUGAACAACAUUUUGUGUCUCUCGGUGUUCUUAGCAAUCGUCUACGUUCGAGGGUUAACAUGGAACUUCUCAUCAGAAGUGUUGGUGAUUCUCAUAGUUUGUCUGGUGAUGGGAGGUUUUGCUAGCUUCCGCACAACGUAUCCUCUUUGGACAUGUUUCAUAGCUUACUUGCUUUACCCAUUCUCUUUGGGUCUGGUCUAUAUUCUUGAUUACUGGUUUGGCUGGUCGUAGUUCAAAAGAUUUGGUGACAAGACUUGAGUUUGUUCUUGGCGUGUUUUGCUUUUAUUUCUCUCUUUAUGUUAUGGAUUUGUGAGUGUAUAACUUAAAGUUAGUUCCUGAGAUUUGUCAGUGAUGAUGGAUGUUUGAAAUACUCACUAUUAAAGAAUAAAGAUAUAUUAUCUUUCUUA